CAUCCAUUCUGCUUGCCUUGUCGCAGGGCUGCCUUCCUCGUCUUUGAAUGUAGAGCCCAUUGGUGCCAUGCUAACGAGCAUAACGGCUGACUUGUGGUGGCUGUCUCCCCUGUUGUCCGUCUAGGGAUCUCUCCAACACCGGCACGGUCCAGAUGUCUGACAUCUUCGACGUUGACGAAUACGUUGGUCAGAACGGUGCAAACACGUCGGCCGAUCAGACCCUCUCUGGUGCCGGUGGUACCGGGGAAGAUCCUGUCUUCACGCCUACCCAGGACUCCUGGAUGGACGGUGUCGGGGAAGAUUCUGCCUUCAUGGAUCCCCAGGACUCCUGGAUGAACGGUGCCGCAGAAGAUACUGCCUCUAUGGCUCCUCAGAACUCCUGGAUGAACGGUGCCGCAGAANNNNCUGCCUCUAUGGCUCCUCAGAACUCCUGGAUGAACGGUGCUGCAGAAGCUUCUGUCCCUGCGAUGCCCCAGGGCUUCUGGACGAUCGGUGCCGCCCCCAACGUCGACGGUACCCUCCAGGUAGCCAAUGCCGCGCCAUCCGUGGCCGGAGUAGCCCAAGCACCCGCUCAUACCCACAUCAACUGGAACGCCAUGCCCCAGCUCGGCCAGAACGCUGGGAUCAACAGUGUCGUCCCCAACGUGAACGGUAACGUCCAGGUAGCCAAUGCCGCGCCAUCCGUGGCCGGAGUAGCCCAAGCACCCGCUCAUACCCACAUCAACUGGAACGCCAUGCUCCAGCUCGGCCAGAACGCUGGGAUCAACGGUGCCGCCUUGGAGACGAGCAACAACUUCCAGCCAGCCAAUCUUGGGCUACCCUUGAACGCACAGUCGUGCCAUCAGGUGGAUGCCAUGCUCGCAAACCACCGGACUUCUGGGCGUGAGGCCGUUGGCCCUGAGGCACAGCCCAACCAGCUUCCUAGCAGCCUGUCCGCAGCUACCAACGCAGCUUUCGACCGGUGCCCUACACUCAAUCCUUCAGCACCCAGUCAGAAGACCCGCAACUCCAGUGCCAAUGUUAACGCCUUCGUGUCCAUCUUUGCUCAGAAUGGCAACAGUGUCUCGUUGAGGCAGAGCCCGAACAUGGACAUUCCAGAAAGUGCUCCCGCCGCCUUGGAUCGAAUCGCUGAACAGAUUCCAGCCGACCAACAAGCUCUCAUUGCUGCCUUGUACAGAGAAUUUGCGGCUGCCAACCCUGUGCUUGAGGGCCCCGCAGCGGUGGACGGUGCUUCCGAUGCCGUGAACCCGGCACCUGUCAGCGUAUCCCCAAAUAGCGGCAGUGCCACCACUGGCAACACCACUCCCCCCUUAGCAGGUGCUCAGGGCCAGAAUGGUGCACAGCCUGCACAGGGCCAAAAACGUGCCAAGAAGACCUCCAGCCAAGCACAGAAGGACAAGAAAAAGCCUGCCACAAAGGCCUCUGCAUCCAAGAAGAGCCGUAUCGCCUGUUUCAACUGCAAGCGCCGCAAGACCAAGUGCGAUGAGGGCCAGCCUAGUUGCUCCUGCUGCGUAAAAGCUGGAAUCGAGUGCACUUACGCUGGAAUUGUUCGAAAGCGUGGCCGCGCCAAGAAGUCCAUCCUCGACGACAUGAAGAUUUGCCACAAGGAGAUCGCUGAGCUGGCAGGCAAAGAGGAGGAGCCCAGCUACUGGCAAAGCCUCAAAGAAGCCCAGGAGAAACUCGCAGAGCUGAAGAAGGAGCUUGAAAACAGUACAGGCAGCGAGCCUGCACCCUCUCCCGCCCCCGAAUCUCAGGAGGGCGAGGGCAAGGGCAAGAAGAAGGCCUAAGUGCCCACCUGAGUCCGGGCAUGGUGUGGACUUCGAAGACGUCUGCCACUGGCCCUCGUGGAUCGUAUGCUGCUUUCGAAUCGUGGCCGUGUUCCCGAUGUCAGAUGUGCUGCAUCUCUUCCGUAGUCGUGUCCAGUGUACAGCCAGUUUCGUCUAUGCUCCCAUCCAGCUUCGUCUAUGCCCUCAUCCACCUUGUUUUAUGCCCCUCAUGUUGUUUCGUACCUCAUCACUCCUGCGCUCUGAAGUCAUCGCAGCGAGCCUUAGACUUGUUUUACUUGUAACAUUAGUACUCUCUAGAUCCAUUGUUUCACUUGUAACGUUAGUACUCUCUAGAUCCAUUGCUUCAGCAUGGACAGCCAUCUAUCAAUAUGACAAAAUAUCCAACCAUUAAUGGAUUGAACGG